CGUAAUAUUAGUCUCGAAGACAUCAAGAAGGAGGCUGUUGAUCUCGAGAGGAUUCCGGUUGAUGAAGUGUUCAGAGAAUUGAACUGCUCCAAGGAAGGUCUCACCAAUGAGGAAGGUGAAAAGAGGUUGGCAGUGUUUGGGCCAAACAAGUUGGAAGAAAAGAAGGAAAGCAAGUUUCUCAAAUUCCUCGGAUUUAUGUGGAAUCCUCUCUCUUGGGUCAUGGAAGCUGCUGCCAUCAUGGCCAUUGCAUUGGCCAACGGAGGGGGCGAGCCACCGGAUUGGCAAGACUUUGUUGGAAUUGUGGCAUUGCUGAUUAUCAACUCAACCAUUAGUUUCAUAGAAGAAAACAAUGCAGGCAACGCUGCUGCAGCACUUAUGGCUGGCCUUGCUCCCAAAACCAAGGUUCUGAGAGAUGGAAGGUGGACUGAGCAGGAAGCUGCUAUACUGGUACCAGGUGAUAUAGUGAGCAUCAAAUUAGGAGACAUUGUUCCAGCUGAUGCUCGUCUAUUGCAAGGAGAUCCCCUCAAGAUUGAUCAGUCUGCACUCACCGGUGAGUCUUUGCCUGUUACCAAGCACCCUGGUGAUGAAGUCUUCUCUGGCUCCACUGUUAAGCAAGGAGAGAUAGAGGCUGUUGUCAUUGCCACUGGUGUCCACACCUUCUUUGGUAAGGCUGCUCACUUAGUGGACAGCACUAACCAAGUCGGCCAUUUCCAAAAGGUAUUGACAGCCAUUGGAAACUUCUGCAUUUGCUCAAUUGCUGUGGGUAUGAUCAUUGAGAUUGUGGUCAUGUACCCGAUUCAGCGUCGCAAGUAUAGGAGUGGAAUUGACAAUCUCUUGGUGCUUCUCAUUGGAGGGAUUCCUAUUGCCAUGCCAACAGUGUUGUCAGUGACAAUGGCUAUUGGUUCUCAUAGGCUAUCCGAGCAAGGUGCUAUCACCAAGAGGAUGACAGCCAUUGAGGAAAUGGCCGGAAUGGAUGUUCUAUGCAGUGACAAGACCGGCACUUUAACACUGAACAAGCUUACUGUGGAUAAGAGUUUGAUUGAGGUUUUUUCAAGAGAUACUGACAAGGAUACGGUCAUCUUGCUUGGUGCAAGGGCCUCCAGGGUUGAGAACCAAGACGCUAUUGAUGCUUGCAUUGUUGGAAUGUUGGGUGAUCCAAAAGAGGCAAGGGAUGGCAUCACUGAGGUUCAUUUCCUUCCUUUCAAUCCAGUGGACAAACGUACGGCCAUAACAUACAUAGAUGCUAAUGGCAAUUGGCACAGAGUGAGCAAAGGAGCACCAGAGCAGAUUAUCGAGCUUUGCAAUCUUCGGGAAGACGUGAAGAAGAAGGCUCAUUCCAUCAUUGACAAAUUUGCUGAUCGCGGUCUUCGUUCCCUUGCUGUUUCCAAACAAGAAGUGCCAGAAAAGACCAAGGAAAGUGCUGGAGGACCAUGGCAAUUUGUGGGUCUGUUGCCACUGUUUGAUCCACCAAGGCAUGACAGUGCAGAGACCAUAAGGCGUGCUCUCCAUCUUGGAGUGAACGUUAAGAUGAUAACUGGUGAUCAACUGGCUAUUGGGAAAGAAACAGGUCGCAGGCUUGGCAUGGGAUGCAACAUGUAUCCUUCAUCCUCUCUCCUUGGUGAACACAAAGAUGAAUCCAUUGCUGGCCUUCCAAUUGAUGAGCUCAUUGAGAAAGCUGAUGGAUUUGCUGGGGUCUUCCCUGAACAUAAGUACGAGAUUGUGAAGAGACUUCAAGACAGGAAACACAUAUGUGGGAUGACAGGAGAUGGUGUGAACGAUGCUCCUGCACUCAAAAGAGCAGACAUUGGAAUUGCUGUGGCUGACGCAACUGAUGCAGCACGAAGUGCAUCUGACAUAGUGCUGACAGAGCCUGGUUUGAGUGUGAUUGUGAGUGCGGUGUUGACAAGCAGGGCCAUUUUCCAGAGAAUGAAGAACUACACCAUCUAUGCUGUUUCUAUAACAAUCCGAAUUGUGUUGGGAUUCAUGCUCAUUGCUCUCAUCUGGAAGUUUGAUUUCUCACCCUUUAUGGUUUUGAUCAUUGCGGUGCUGAAUGAUGGGACAAUCAUGACCAUUUCCAAGGACAGGGUGAAGCCAUCUCCAGUUCCAGAUUCGUGGAAGCUGAGAGAGAUUUUUGCCACUGGCGUUGUGCUUGGUGCCUACCUCGCUGUUAUGACUGUUGUCUUCUUCUGGGCUGCUCAUGCAUCUAAUUUCUUCUCUGAUAAAUUCGGCGUGAGAUCAAUCAGGGACAAUCACCACGAGCUUACAGCAGCUGUUUACCUUCAAGUGAGUAUUGUGAGUCAGGCUCUUAUCUUUGUUACACGGUCAAGGAGCUGGUCUUAUAUUGAACGUCCUGGCAUUUUGCUUGUUGUCGCCUUUCUCAUAGCACAGCUGAUUGCCACGAUCAUAGCUGUGUAUGCAAACUGGAGCUUUGCAAAAAUCAAAGGCAUUGGAUGGGGUUGGGCUGGUGUUAUUUGGCUCUACAGCAUCGUUUUCUAUGUCCCCUUGGAUAUCCUUAAGUUUAUCAUCCGAUAUGCAUUGAGUGGCAAGGCAUGGAACAACAUAACUGACAACAGGAUUGCUUUCACCUCAAAGACAGAUUAUGGAAAGGGAGAGAGAGAAGCACAGUGGGCUGCAGCUCAACGCACAUUGCAUGGCCUCAAUCCUCCGGAAACUGAACAAAUCUUGAAUGAAAAGAACAACUACAGGGAACUAUCCGAACUUGCAGAACAGGCCAGGAAACGUGCUGAAGUUGCAAGGUUAAGGGAGCUUCACACACUUAAGGGGCAUGUCGAGUCUGUGGUAAAACUCAAGGGACUUGACAUUGAGACAAUUCAGCAGCACUACACCGUUUGA